AUAAAAGAAAAAAAAAAACCCCUUUCAUCAUUUCCUUUCAACAACAAUGGAGAAGAACAACACCACCCCAGCCAGCCCCAUCGUCACUGAAGUUCCAGUCAACGGCCCACAAAAGGGCGAAGAAAUCCCUAUUGAUGUUGUGGUGGCGCCUGUGGUAACGGAAAAGCAGCCUUCCGUGGACGGUGAAGACGCUGAAGGCGGCCCGAUUAAGGGCGAGCCUUCGGUGGUGGUCCGUCCAUAUCAGGCCCGCGGCGGCCUUAACCUGAACGAAAGGCCACCACCAUCUGAUGACGACGAGAUGCAGGAGGCGGCUGAAGGUGAUCAAGGUGGCGACAGCGACGCGACCUUGAGCGAUAUGUCGCUCGACAGCUCCGAGGAAGAGCCGCCGAACGUGACGCUGAUCAGGUGCACCCGCCAAGGCUGCGGACAAUACUGCCUCACGCAACGGGACUAUAUCGAGCACGUUCGAAGGUCCCACACCCGCCUCCGCCACCGCGCGGAGCCCUUCUCCAUCCUUGACCUCAAUGUGUUCCCCCCGGAAUACAUCCCCGGAUGGAUUUAAGACCCGAGAGAGAUGGAGGACCUGGAUGUUUUUGGAAUCAUUGUAUUCUUAUGUUAUGUGUUUGGUUUGAUGUGUGCGUGUGUCCUUUUUAAUUCAUAACUUUAAUUAUUUCAAGUUUCAAAUCACUUAGUACUCACUCUGGUAGGG